CCUCCGCUGCCGCCGCCGCCGCCGCCGCCGCCGCUGCGCCUCUGCUCCUGCCGUCCCCGCUGCAGUGCGAAGGGCUUGAAGAUGGCCGGUUGGCAGAGCUACGUGGAUAACCUGAUGUGCGAUGGCUGCUGCCAGGAGGCCGCCAUUGUCGGCUACUGCGACGCCAAAUACGUCUGGGCAGCCACGGCCGGGGGCGUCUUCCAGAGCAUCACGCCAGGAGAAAUAGACAUGAUUGUAGGAAAAGACCGGGAAGGUUUCUUUACCAACGGUUUGACUCUUGGAGCAAAGAAGUGUUCAGUGAUUAGAGAUAGUCUAUAUGUUGACGGUGACUGCACGAUGGACAUCCGGACAAAGAGCCAAGGCGGGGAGCCCACAUACAAUGUUGCCGUCGGCAGAGCUGGUAGAGCAUUGGUUAUAGUCAUGGGAAAGGAAGGUGUCCAUGGAGGCACACUUAACAAGAAAGCAUAUGAACUCGCUUUAUACCUGAGGAGGUCUGAUGUGUAAGCAGCCUCUCCCCAUCUACUUAUCAACUGUCUUCAUCACCACCCCAAUUAUGGUCACAGUGCUGCCAGAUAGUAGAUGGUAGCUAGUUUUUCUUUACCUAUUUUCUAAUGUCAUGAUUCCCAAAGGGUCAUUUGUAUGUUAGCCACUGUGUAUAACCAACCUUUAUCUGGCAUCAUAAUUGCAGCACAAUAAUGAUUUGCAUGAUAUCUUGAAAUUGGGGAAGGGGGCAUGCCAAGUUGGGCAUCACUUUGUCUUAGCAAUUAAUGGGAUACUGAUUACUAAAAUAAGUUAAUAUUAAGCAAGGUGCCGGUUGUACAAUCUCUAAUUUGAUCAAUGUCUUUUCAGCACUUUGAGCAUUUACUUGGCUCAUUUAGUCUUCCUUUUGUAGAGCAUGGUUGGGAGGAAAAAGUGCAUGCAUCUUUACUUCACUCCUUUCUCAUCCCCUCCCUUCAAACAUGAGAUAUUUGGUUUGCUUCCAUUCUCUUUGGUGUAGUGCCUGGUUUAUUUAACCUAAUUAAUACCUCCUGUGUUGAUGAGCUAUUGCGAGUUGCAGUGAUUUACUUUUAAUACGGUGAUUGCACUUGAGACAGACUAUUUGUAGUGUCUAUAGGACAUGAAGAGUGCACCUGUCCUAGCACAGGCACUUCCUCCCAUGACCUUACCACAGUAACGAUACUGAUCAAAUUCCCAGGGACAUUCUGUCAUUGCAGUAGCUCAGACUGUCUUUUCUUUGCACACCAGCUGUACUCUGAGUGAAAUUGUAAAAGGCUGCCAUUAUGGGUAUUAGGUAUCCCAACAUAACCAUCUGGAGUGUGUCCAGUUUAUUUUUCAUAGGACCAAUUUUUAUUUGCAGCUUAGGUUUUUAUAUGAAGUUGCAUUAUUGUGGACUUGGCUGUCUUGUGAUGUAUUUUUUUCAUAUGUAUCCUGUGCCAUACUAUUGUUAAAAUGAACUGUUGCUAUUGUGAGAUGGAUUUCCUUUCGAAUGGCACUACUUUAGGGACAUUCUAGUAUUUGCUUCUAUUGUUUGGGCAUUGUGGAUAAUGUACAGACUUAAAAACAAAUCUUGUUGCUGAUUUGUCCAUUUCUUUCCCUGCACUUUGUUACAUCUGGGAUACAGUCUAACUCAUCUGAUUUAAUAUGCAUUUAAAAAAAUGCCAUAACUAUUAAACACCUUGUUUACAGACAGAUGAAAUAAAUUUAUUCCAACCAAAUAUUUUAUAGCCUCCUGUUGU